GUAGAUGUGUACGUUCUGUUCCCAAACAGCAGCCGAGCAGAGAUCACAGAGCAGAUGAGGGGACUGUGAAGUAUUUUGGCCACAAAACUCUCUGGACAACAGACGACGCCUUUGCUUUCUCUUCGUCAGUGUGCACACACUUCGGAGAGGAAACUCCCCUCAACGAUGGCUGCUGCCGCGAAUGCUGCUGCGUCUUCCAAAGGCAGCCUGAAGGAGGACUUGACGUGUGCCAUCUGCUGCGACCUGUUCAGGGACCCUGUCAUGUUGGCCUGCAUGCAUCACUUCUGCAAACCCUGUAUCUCCAGAUACUGGAGGGGAACCCAGGGACCCGUCACCUGUCCACAGUGCCGCAAGGAGUUCAGCUGCAAACAGUUUCAAACCAACUACCUUGUGACAGCCAUGGUGGAGAAAGUCAGGGCCACCACCUCGGACACCUACCUCAAGAACCUGGAGAAACAACUGAAGGAGACUUUGGAGAACCACCGCCUGAGGAAGGAUGACUUCGUCAACAGUAUUCGCAGAGACAAAGACAAGAUGGAAACCAUAAAGAAACUUGGAGCGGAUCUGCAGGCUCGAGUCAAAGGAGAAUUCAGAGCUCUGCAUCAGAUCCUGCAGGACGAGGAGACCUGUGUGCUGGAGCAGCUGAGGAGAGAGCAGGAGGAGGAGCUGGAGAAAGUCCAACACCACCUGGAGGCCAUCGAGCUGGCUCUGAGAGAGCUUGAGGAAAAUAUGAGAGUGCUGCAGCAGGCCAGUGCUGACACUGAGAACGUUGUAGUGACAGAGCUCCCACAGCUGAGACCAUGUGUUCGGGCGGAUAUUGCUCCAGAGUUUGAUAUAAAUGCCUUCUGCAGCAAGUACAUGGCCCCUAUGCAGUACAUCACAUGGAGAAAAAUGUUCAAGUCUUUGAAGCCGGGUCCUUCUCCAUUAACGUUUGAUGUUGACACAGCGCACCCAAGCAUUUACGUCUCCAGGGACAAAACUGUGGUGGUAGAAUGUGAAGCUGUGAUCCCACACAUGGGCCACAACAAACGCUUCCUCCAGUGCAUCAAUGUCCUAGCUGCUCAGGGUUUCCAGUCAGGCCGACACUACUGGGAGAUAGAAGUGGGCACCAAAACCAAGUGGGACCUGGGCGUGGCCUCUGAAGCCGUAGACCGUCAUUCCAGGAUCAAGCUCAGCCCUGAGAGCGGUUACUGGACGUUGCGAGUCCGCAACGGAAACGAGUACUCAGCCGGCACGCAGCCCUGGUCCAGGCUGCAGCUGGGAUGUUCCCCGAAGAGGGUCGGCGUUUUCUUAGACUGCGAGGAGAGGAGGGUGUCCUUCUACAACGCCGACGACAUGAGUCUGCUGUACUCGUUCACCAACGGACCCAGGGGUAAGGUGUUCCCCUUCUUCAGCCCUUGCAUCAGCGACAACUGUCAGAAACCUCAGCCAAUCAAACUCAUCCACUAUCCACCUGUCGCUCUGUCCGGCUGACACACAGGUCCGAUCGAUGAAAUCUUUCCGGUAUGUUAGAGCUGUCCAUUCACUUGUUGAACAGUGACAUUUCUCUCUAAGAAAGAGCUGCUGUUGUUGGUAUUCUGACUUUAAUCUUUCAGACUGUUCUCUUAUUUUCCAUGCUGUAGUGAUAGUAAACUGUCAGAUGCUGUAAUUUUUUUUUUUUUUCUGAAAUGGACUUCAAAAUCCAUGAAAUGUUCUGAAAUUGAUAUGGAAUCUUUCUGAGAAAAGAUAUUCUGUAAUCAUUGGGUAAGAGUUUCAUUCAUUUUGCAAAAUUAAUCUGCAGAGAAAUAUCUAAAGCAAAUAGUCAACUUGAAGCAUGAAAUUACACAUACAAAUUGUUCUUCACUGUUCAACCAAAUUUCUAAAGUAAAUAGCUUUGAGCUUUCGAUAAUCUUCUGAAUAAUUAUCUCUCAAGUCAAACUGGCCUUUUGCUCGCUUGAAAAAAAUGACUUUCAAUCAGUUCGAUCAGCAUAAAAAACAUUUUUAGGGUUCUUCAUGUUUUAAAAAAAAAAAGUCUGAAUGUUUGUGCAUUUUACUUUAUGUUUCUGACUGGGCUUAAAAAAAAAAGAUGUAACUUUGGAGCACCUUAUGAAUUCUUUAGAAAACCUGCAGCACUUUGUGGGGUUUUUUAGUGUUUAGAAUCAUUUACAUUAAGAACAUGUGCCUUACUUUGAACAGAGAAUAUCUUGCUCUUUCAUUUUUAAUGUUUUAUCACUUUAUGAAACAUCUUAAACGUAGUUCUUUGACGUUUUCAGUCUUGCAUUAUAUUUGACAUUGUUUUUAUGCAUGUCAGUCUUUUCCUGAUUAAAAACCAAAAAAACAUGUUCAACCUGCUGAUUCAUUAAAUAAACCAAAUCACUUUUUCUUUUAAACAAA